AUUUCAAACAAGAAGCCUCAGGAGUCAGGACCGGUUUGUUGUCCUGCAAAUAACUUCAAGCCAUCCAGCCAAGCGCUUCUGUUUUAUUUCUCGCGUUUAAAAGUGUGAAACAUGUCUAACACAACAGUCAAACAGAAGAGACACGCUUUGAACGUUGCCAAGUCAUCCAAAACACUAAAUGUAUCAUCUGGAGUAUUUCGCGCGAGUCGAAGCAUUUCAAAGACCAUUAACCCUUCAUUCAGCGGGAAGAGCUUCAGUUCGGCAGGUGACAGUAAAGUUCUAGACAAGAGCUCGGCCCAAACACCAAAACACUCUAUUCAGGUGUUUGAUGAACAUGGGCAGGACGUUGCUCCUCGCCCAUUAUAUAAUCCAGAUCCUGGGGUUUUACAACCUAAACAGGGAAAAAUAUUUCCUGCGCAUGACACAUCAUGGACUACCAUGACAGACUUUCCCUCGGUAGCCUUCCAGACCACCAAUGCAAGCUUUACUGGACCAUUUACAAGGUCUUUUUUUGGGAGCGCAUCCAGAACAAGCCUGACAGCGGAAUCGGUGACUGACUUGUUAGUGAAACAGGACUUGUCCAGCAGUCUUUCAGAUGUUCAGGUUCGUAAAGACGAGGUGAAGGAGCAGGUCAGGGAGGACAUAUUGGACAGUGUGCUGGAUUGUUACCUGACUGAGACAGAGACCAUCUGGCUUCUGGACAUUCCUGCAGUGUCCGUGUCAGUAGAUUCAGAGGAUGCGGAGGCAGUCAAGGAAAGUAACAACGCUUACACAGAACUGUGCAAAAACAGACAGGGCAACGAUAAGUAUGUGGAGCGCUCAAUGCAAACGUUCAGUGGUGCACCAAAGACGAAAGAGGUCCAAUGUGAUAGCAUUACAAUGGCAGACAAAGGUGUCAUGGCCACCAUCUGGGACAUGUAUGAUUCAUUCUGCAAUAAAAGUGAUGUCAGUGGAAACACAGCAGUGUCUGCUCAAGAAAAUAAGCCUGCUGUCCCAGACUCCUCCUCCAUGAGUUACCUCCUGAACCCUAAGGGAUCUGACCAGAGUAUGUCUAUGGUCAGCCACACCAGUACAGUUAGUGGCUCAAGCACUCAACUUGAAAAGAUGUCGUGUGUGCUUCCGGUGGAGGAAGAGCCAGAUCUUAAGCUGAUCUUACAGUCAGACAAAUUAAAGCAGGACCUGGCAGUGAUGGAAAAGGUGGUUCUGGCCAAUAUCUUCCAGCCCAAGCUUGCUGCAUACAGACAACUGCCUAUAAUAGAGGACCCAGACUGUGUGCGGAUGGAAAUGGGGUCUAAAAACUCCUUGAGCCCAUUCCUUGAGCAUCUCUGGGCCUUUGAGUGUGAACUUACCAUGGGGCGAAAUGUCAGCUGUAUGACCUGGAACAAGAAAAACCCAGAUCUUCUUGCUGUGGGAUAUGGACAGCUUGAUUUCAAAGAUCAGAAACCUGGACUUGUGUGCUGCUGGUCUUUGAAGAACCCCACGUGGCCUGAUCGAAUCUAUCAUUGUGAGAGUGGAGUCACUGCACUGGAUUUCUCAGCUUAUAAUGCCAAUCAGCUGGCAGUAGGCAUGCAUGAUGGCACCAUUGCCAUCUAUAAUGUACAGACCACAGAACAAACACCCAUCGUUGACAGCAGUGACUGUGCCAACAUGCACACCUCUCCGGUGUGGCAGCUCAGAUGGAUUGAUCAUGAGAGUGGUCUGGGUGGAGAGGAUAAAGGGGAAAUACUCAUCUCUGUGUCAGCUGAUGGAAGAAUCAGCAAAUGGGUCCAGUACAAAAGCCUGGAAUGCGUUGACCUGAUGAAACUGAAGAUGUCUGACAUGGGAACAAACCGCCAGCGCUGGAGACCAUUUAUCUCACCAUUGUCACCGGGGCUGUGUUUCGAUUUCCAUCCUAAUGAUUCAAAUAUCUACCUGGCUGGAACAGAGGAAGGUCAUAUUCACAAGUGCUCUUAUUCAUAUAAUGAGCAAUUCUUGGAAACUUAUAAAGCCCACAAAGGUCCCGUCUAUAAGGUGGCAUGGUCGCCGUUCUGUCCAGAUGUUUUCCUGAGCUGUUCCUCAGACUGGACUAUUCAACUCUGGAGACAGGACCUCCAGCUACCUGUGCUUUGUUUCAACUCUAAACAGAAGGCUGUGUUUGAUAUCAUGUGGUCUCCGCACUGUGCUACUGUCUUUGGAGCUGUCAGCGAGGGUAAGGUGGAGAUCUGGGACCUGAGAGUCAGUAGCCUGGACCCGACAAUUGUGAGCGAGACCAGUUCAGGAGUGAAUCCGACAGCUCUGCUGUUCACCACUGAGACAGACUGUGUUCUGGUGGGGGACAGUGAGGGGAAGGUCACUGUGUACAAGCUGAAAAACCUCAAACCUGGAGGCAACACACAGGUGGAGACGUUGGAGGAAGUAAUUCAGUCCACACUGUCCAGUCAACACUGAGGAGCAUUAGGAAAGACUGGUACAGGCUCAUAUAAGGAUCAGGCUGUUUGUUUUUACCUAUCCAUCAUCAUAAUCUAUAUCCUCUGGCAGACUGAGCGACUCCAUUUUACAUAACAAUGGGAUUACAGCAUGUAUGCCUGUUUGUGCCUUAUUGUCCAUCCUUGUAGGUAUAAUAUAUCCCUCCAAAAAGUCAUGUUUUAACAUAAAUUAAAGUAUGGUGAAUUUAUUUGUAAUUUUGAUGAGAUGAAAAUGUCUUUUAUGUAUUUUUUUAAACCUUUGGUUGUUAACAUUUAACAACGUAGGUACUAUAACAACAUUGUUUCAGAAGCUAAUUAAUAAGGGGAAAAAAAAGCUUUACACAAAGGCCUUAUGUUUCUAACCAUAUAUUUUAAAAGCAUUUUUGCAUGCAGGCAUUCAUUGGUAAGGAACAAAUACAUUUGUUUAAAAUAAUUGUCGGAUGUGUUAUAUUGGUUUUGUGUGGGAACCACAGACAGAAUGUAAGUGUUUGUUCUGUGGUAAUGGACAGACAGUUUUAUUACCACUUGCUCGCCACACAUUACAGCUUAUUGACGACAUGAGGGCCACAUCACACUUUUACAAAUGACUGUCAUUACUGAACUGUUGUUCUCUCUUACAUCUCAAAAAAGCCUCUAAUCUGAGCUUUUUAGUACAAAUCAAACAAUGUAGCAAUGAAGAUGCAACUCAGCUUAUAUAACAGAGCUUUUAAGAAUAACAGCUGUGACAUUAUGACCGGAAACGGAUCUUGCUUGUUUAGAAAUGUAUAUGGGACUUUUUAUCCAUAUGGCAUAUGGUCAUUUAUACAUUUUAAAACACUUUUCCACAUGAAGUUUUGUGUUGAAGGAAGUUGAUAUUCAUAAAUAUUGUUAAUUUAAUAUAAUAUAAUGUAAUAUAAUUACUUGCCUAAUCUUAUGAUCGCUUAAUGCGCCUUGGAAAUCCUUCAAAACAAAAUCUUAUAUUAUUCUAUUAUAUAGAAAAUGUCUGUUAAUGAUACUGUAAACUGUUUAUUAAUUAAUCCAGGAAGCAUUGUAAAUGUCGUUUUUCCCUCUUUUUUUGCAUUAUUAAAUUCAAAGUUACCACUGAAAGAGACAGUGAGGCAAAUGUCAUACAGUAUAUCAUAAUAUAAAAUAAAAUUAUAUAUUAUAUUAUAUUCAACUUAAUAAAGCAAAAAAUGGAAGAAAAAAAUAAAAAAUGUGACAUUUGCUAUGCUUUCUUAAUUACAUUCAAAUUUAUUUAACAGACAUACAAGUCUGCUCACAACACUGAAUCCACCCUCUUGAGAGUGUUAAACGAUAUUUAUCUCUCUACUGAUUCCGCAGAUUCUGUGGUUCUGAUUCUUUUAGAUUUAUGGGCUGCAUUUGAUACUAUCGACUACCUACUCUAUUAUCUAGACUAGAGUCUUGGGUGGGUCUAAAAGGAGCUGUUCUGAAAUGGUUUCAGUCAUAUCUGUCUGACAGAAUGUUUUUUGUGAAGAUGGGUAAUUUCACCUCCUCCAUGGCACCUCUGAAACUGCGGCCUUUCGCAGGGUUCUAUUUUGGCUCCUCUGUUUUCUCUCUACAUGCUUCCUCUGGGUUCUAUUCUAAGGAAACAUGGUGUGUCUUUUCAUUUCUAUGCGGACGACACUCAAAUUUAUCUACCAAUCAAAAGAAACAAUCCGCAGCGAUUACAUCUCUUCUGCUAUGCUUAGAGGAGGUUAAAUCAUGGCUAGCCCAAAAUUUCCUCUUCCUAAAUGAAGAUAAGACUGAGGUUAUUGUUUUCGGCCCAAAUGAGAAUUCUCAGUGUAUAAGUCCUCAUUUGGAGAGUUUGUCCAUCUUUAGAUCCUCACGGGUGCAGAACUUAGAUGUUCUUGUUGACCAGUCUUUAAAAUUUAACAAACAUAUCUCCUCCGUAAUCGGAUCCAGCUUUUAUCAGCUUCGUCUACUGUCUAAAAUCAAAGAUUUUCUCACUCCAAAAGACUAGAAAUGGCUAUUCAUGCAUUUGUUACAUCUCGGCUAGAUUACUGCAACUCUUUAUAUUGCGGUAUAUCUAAGUCUCAAAUUGCUCGUCUUCAGUUCAAAACGCUGCGGCCAGACUUCUUCACAAGUGUUGUUAAUAUGAACAUUAUAUCACUCCUAUUCUCAGAUCUCUCCACUAGUUGCAAUUUCACCAGAGAACAGACUUUAAAAUUCUCCUUUUUGAUAAAUAUAAAUUUCUAUAUAACCUAGCUCUUGUCUAUCUUUCUGAACUUCUUCAAGCCUAAAAGAUCCUGCGAUCGGGCUCUGCUGGUAGUCCCUCACUUUAGGUCCUGCUUUAUGGUAAUUCAACUAUGUUGCUCUUAUUUUUUGUUUGAUUUGUUUUCUAUGUAUGUUAUAUUUUUCUUUUAAUCUUGUUCUUCUGUAAACCAAUUUGGUCAGCCUAGUGGCUGUUGUAAAUGUGUUAUAUAAAUAAAAUUGAAAUAUAAUAUAAUAUAAUAUAAUAUGAUAU